AUGUCGAGGGGACCGAAACCCCCCAUCGCCCCUAAACCAAGGCUGGACACCCCCAAUGAGUGGAGGGCCAGCGUGUACAUGAUCAACAGCUUGAACAAAUGCAGCAACGGGAAGCUGCUCUGUGUAGACAGGGGACUCUACGAAGAGCCGCAGUCCAACCUGGAGUGCUCCGAGGCCGAGGCCGAUGAAGAUUACAUCGUCGUCCCCAGGGCUCCACCCAGCGAGGACGAACCCAGGGAUGGGGACUCUGUGGAGAACGCAGUCAUGGUGCCUUCGGAUGCCACUGGGGAAGAGGAACCCCAGGAGGAAGGCGAGGAGGAGGAGGAGGGGACAGGAGCUGCUGAAGAAGUGGCUGCCCCAGCCGACGUGGCACUGAGUGGAGAGGCUGAUGAAGGAGUAGCCCCCGUUCCUGAGAAGGUGGGGGCUGAGGACAGUGCCCAGGACCCAGGGGAGGAGGAGCAGAAGCUCACAAGUGAGGAGAAAGAGAAGCUGGUGGAGGAACACAACAUGUACAACCUGGAGGAUCAGGGCCCUUGGGAUGGAGAGGCAGCCUUUUCGAGCGAUAUCAUUCUAACUCAGGUUGAUGUAGAGGACCCAGAAUCACCUGGCAGGGAGCCUGGGUCUCCUGGGACACCCAGGGAGGCAGAGGAGGAGGGUGAGGAAGGCUGUGCCGAGACAGAGCCAGGGGUGGCAGAGGAGUAUGGGGAACCUGACAGGCCCACUGAGGAGGGUGCUGAAGAUACCAGUGAGGAGGCCCUGGAGAACGAGGGAUUGGCCUCGGGCACCCAGGAGGCAGAGAUCGUCACCGACAACCCUGACGUCUCCGAGGAGGAGCGUGAAGAUGCCACACGCGGGGGCAGCCGGGAUGAUGAGGACGAACCACCUGACCAAGGUGAGAAAACUGACCACGAAGAAGUGGCAGCCGUCACCCAGGAGGCGAGAGAAGACGUUCCGGAGAGCGAGGACCCCGUGCAGGACGAGCCUGCGGAGGAGAGCUGCCAGAUCAUUCCUUUCGAGAAUGACUGCAUGGACGACUUUGUGGCUUCACUCUCGGGAAGUCCCUACGAGUUCUUCCCUACAGAGAGCACCUCUUUCUGUAGUGAAAGCUACUCCUCUUUUCCCGAGUCAGCAAAAGGCUUCGAGUCAAAGCAGGAAUCAAAGUCAGGGGAAUGUGCAGGCCAGGACACUGUGGCCGGAACUUUGUGUGGCCAGCACGGCUCCCUGCAGGACGACCCUGGGGAGGGCCCCUCUGUCCCGAACGUACUGGUCUUGCCAGUGGACGAGGAUGCCACCGACGACGCGCUCACCAACCCCUACGAGCUGGGAGUCGACGUGGUGUGCGGAGCCGACCCCGGAGAGGGAGGAAAGCCCGGGACACAGGCCGCCUCCGACGACCUAGGGGGUUACGGCUCCAAAGAAGAAGAGAACUCCGAUGAGGGCGGCCUGAUCCCCAUGGACAGAAAGAACAUCCUCGCAAGGGCCAGGCCCCACUCUGGGAAAGUGCCCGGCUACGUCCCAGAAACGGUCCCCGAAGAAGCUGGACCGGAAGCUGUCUCACCGUCGGCCACUGGCAUCGGAGGUGCCACCGAGGAGGCAAGAAAGACGGUCCUGUCACUGGAGGGGAAGCCACCACUGGAAGCCAGCAGGGCCUUGCCAGCGAAGCCCAGAGCCUUCACUCUGUACCCUCGUUCGUUCUCCGUGGAAGGCCGAGAGAUCCCCGUCUCCGUGUACAGGGAGCCGGAGGCAUCCGGCUUAGACGACCUUCGAAUCAAGAGGAAAGAGGACAACCUCUCCCUGCCCUGCGUGAUCGGCUCCUCGGGGAGCUUCUCCCAGAGGAACCACCUUCCGUCCAGCGGCACGUCAACGCCGUCGUCCAUGGUCGACAUCCCACCGCCUUUCGACCUGGCCUGCAUCACCAAGAAGCCCAUCACCAAGAGCUCCCCGUCCCUCCUGAUCGAGAGCGAGCCCCCCGACAAGCACGGCAAGAAGAAGAAGUCGUCCUUCAAGCGGUUCCUGGCGCUCACGUUUAAGAAGAAGACCGAGAACAAAGUGCACGUGGAGGUCAACGUGUCUUCCUCCAGGUCGUCCUCGGAGUCCAGCUACCACGGGCCUUCCCGGCUCCUGGAGACGGACCGCAGGAGCCUCAGCAACUCCCCUCAGCUCAAGACCCGGGCCGGCAAGCUCAGGGCGUCCGAAUCGCCCUCCUCCCUCAUCUUCUACCGGGACGGCAAGAGGAAGGGCAUCCCCUUCAGCAGGACGGUGUCCCGCGUGGAGUCCUUCGAAGACCGCUCCCGGCCCCCCUUCCUGCCCCUGCCCCUGACCAAGCCCCGGUCCAUCUCGUUUCCCAACGCCGACACUUCGGACUACGAGAACAUCCCGGCCAUGAACUCGGACUACGAGAACAUCCAGAUCCCGCCCCGGAGGCCUGCGAGGGCGGGGACGUUUACAAAGCUGUUUGAGGAUCAGAGCAGAGCCCUGUCGACGGCGAACGAAAACGACGGCUACGUGGACAUGAGCAGCUUCAACGCCUUCGAGAGCAAGCAGCAGGGCGCGGACCAGGAGGCAGAAAGUGCCUACACAGAACCCUACAAGGUCUGUCCCAUCUCAGCCGCAGCCCCCAAGGAGGACCUCACGUCGGAUGAAGAGCAGGGAAGCUCAGAGGAGGAGGACAGUGCUCCAAGAGACCCCAGCCUCACCAACAAGGUGGAAGGACAGUCCAGAGCCCAAGUCAUCGCACAGGAACUGCUGUCUUCAGAAAAAGCAUACGUGGAGAUGCUCCAGCACUUACAUCUGGAUUUCCAUGGAGCUGUUGUGAGGGCCUUGGAUGAAAUGGACCAAGAGGGCAAGGACACAUUGGCCAGGGAGGAGCUGAGGCGUGGCCUGAGCGAACUCCCAGCCAUCCUCAACCUUCAUCAGGGGAUCCUGGAGGAGCUGGGAGAGAGGCUGCUGCACUGGGAGGGCCAACAGAAGGUGGCCGAUGUCUUCCUGGCCCGGGAACAGGAGUUUGACCACCACGCCGCUCACAUCCUGCAGUUUGACAGGUAUCUAAGUCUGCUCGCUGAGAACUGCCUCCAUUCUCCCCGGCUGGCAGCUGCUGUCCGUGAAUUUGAGCAGAGUCAGCAAGGAGGCGGCCAGAACGUGAAACACAGGCUGCUGCGGGUGGUUCAGCGCCUCUUCCAGUACCAAGUGCUCCUCACAGACUAUUUAAAUAACCUUUCCCCGGACUCAGCUGAGUAUGAUAACACACAGGGCGCGCUGACCCUCAUCUCCAAAGUCACAGACCACGCCAACGAGAGCAUGGAGCAAGGGGAAAACCUGCAGAAGCUUGUCCACAUCGAGCACAGCGUUCGUGGCCAAGGGGAUCUCCUCCAGCCAGGAAGGGAGUUUCUGAAGGAAGGGACACUGAUGAAAGUAACAGGGAAAAACAGACGCCCCCGGCACCUGUUCCUGAUGAGCGACAUGCUCCUGUACACAUAUCCCCAGAAGGAUGGGAAGUACCGGCUGAAGAGCACGUUGGCCGUGGCCAGCAUGAAGGUGAGCCGCCCUGUGAUGGAGAAAGUGCCCUACGCCCUAAAGAUUGAGACUCCUGACUCCUGCCUGACUCUGUCUGCAAGCUCCUGUGCAGAGCGGGACGAGUGGCAUGGCUGUCUGAGCAGAGCCCUCCCUGAGGACUACAAGGCCCAGGCUCUGGCUGCCUUCCACCACAGCGUGGAGAUACGAGAGAGGUUGGGGGUCAGCCUGGGGGAGAGGCCCCCCACUCUGGUGCCUGUCACACAUGUCAUGAUGUGCAUGAACUGCGGCUGCGACUUCUCCCUCACCCUGAGGCGCCAUCACUGCCACGCCUGUGGCAAGAUCGUGUGCAGGAACUGUUCGCGAAACAAGUACCCGCUGAAGUACCUCAAGGACCGGAUGGCCAAGGUCUGCGACGGCUGCUAUGGGGAGCUGAAGAAGAGGGGCGGGGACGUCCCCGGCCUGAUGAGAGAGAGGCCAGUGAGCAUGAGCUUCCCUCUGUCCUCCCCCCGCUUCUCGAGCAGCUCCUUCUCGUCCGUCUUCCACAGCAUCCACCCUUCCACCUUCAAGAAGCAGAAGAAAGUCCCUUCGGCCCUGACCGAGGUGGCCGCCUCCGGAGAGGGCUCCACCAUCAGUGGCUAUCUCAGCCGGUGCAAGAAAGGCAAGAGGCACUGGAAGAAGCUCUGGUUUGUCAUCAAAGGCAAAGUGCUCUACACCUACAUGGCCAGUGAGGACACAGUGGCCAUGGAGAGCAUGCCCCUGCUAGGGUUCACCAUUGCCCCAGAAAAGGAGGAGGGCAGCAGCGAAGUAGGACCUGUUUUUCACCUUUACCACAAGAAAACCUUAUUUUAUAGCUUCAAAGCAGAGGAUACCAGUUCAGCGCAGAGGUGGGUCGAGGCCAUGGAAGAUGCUAGUGUGUUAUAG